AUGUCCUCCGCAGUCGCAGCAGGCUCAAAGGGCCGCGUCCUCCUCGCCUACUCGGGCGGACUCGACACGUCGUGCAUCCUCGCCUGGCUCAUCGAGCAAGGGUACGAGGUUAUCGCCUUCAUGGCCGACGUCGGACAGGAGGAGGACUUUGACGCAGCCAGGGAGAAGGCGCUCAAGAUUGGCGCCAAGAAGUUCUUCCUUGCGGACUGCAAGAAGGAGUUCGUCGAGCACCUCAUCUACCCCGCCGUCCAGGCCAACUGCAUCUACGAGGGCGUCUACCUCCUCGGCACCUCUCUCGCCCGCCCCGUGAUCGCCCGCGCCAUGAUGGACGUCGUCGUGACCGAGUCGUGCCAGUUCAUCUCGCACGGCUGCACGGGCAAGGGCAACGACCAGGUCCGCUUCGAGCUCGCCUUCUACGCUCUCCAGCCCGACAUCAAGGUCAUCGCGCCUUGGAGGGACCCGGUCUUCUUUGAGCGCUUUGCGGGUCGCCAGGCGUUGCUGGACUUUGCGGCCGAGAAGGGCAUCCCUGUCUUCCAGACUGCCGCCAAGCCCUGGUCGACCGACGAGAACCUCUUCCACAUCUCGUACGAGGCGGGCAUCCUCGAGGACCCGGACGUGACCCCUCCCGCCGACAUGUGGAAGCUCAUCAACGGCCUCGACAAGUGCCCCACGACUCCCGAACGCAUCUCGAUCACCUUCAAGAAGGGUAUCCCCGUCUCCCUCCUCAUCCACCCCGAAGGCGCGCAGCCCGUCCCCUCGACCGACGGAACCGAGAUCACCGACCCGGUCGAGAUCUUCCUCACGCUCAACAAGCUCGCUCGCAAGCACGGAAUCGGCCGCAUCGACAUUGUCGAGAACCGCUUUAUCGGCGUCAAGUCCCGUGGGUGCUACGAGAGCCCUGGCGCGACGAUCCUCCGCAAGGCGCACAUGGACCUCGAGGGAUUGGUCGUCGACCGGAACGUCCGCGCGUUGAGGGACCAGUUUGUCACCACCGAGCUCUCCAAGAUUCUCUACAACGGCUACUGGUUCUCCCCCGAGCGCGAGUUCGUCCAGUCGUGCCUGCAAAAGUCGCAAGAGACGGUCAACGGCCGCGUCCGCCUCGCGCUCAUCCUCGGCAACGUCAUCGUCGAGGGCCGCAUGUCCGAGUCUGAGGCGCUGUACGACGCCGAGCAGGUCUCGAUGGACUCGGUUACCAACUUUGACCCCCAGGCGACUUCCGGCUUCAUCGCCAUCGAGUCGAUCCGUCUCCGCAAGUGGGGCGAGCAGCGCCUCAAGAAGGGCGGCAACGUCAAGCCCGAGUCGGUCUACGCUCCCAAGACGGAGCUCUAA